CUGGAACUAUACCACCAAAGAGGAACAGUUUCUCUCAGAGCAUCAAGCUCCGGGAAGAGGAAUCGAGAGAGAGACGCUUAUGGAAGCAUUCAGUUAACACAUCGCCUCUAAUUCACGGGUAUUUGAGUUCCAUAUACAUCAUGGGGAAGCCUACAAAGUGGUUAAAGAGUGUAUUGCUUGGCAAAAAGACCUCUAAAUCUAGUGGUUCCAAGGGAAAAGAGAGAGUUGUGAGUGGAAAAGAGGUAUUGGUUACUGCCAAGGUAGAAGAAUCAGAUGUGGUAUCAGAUCUUCCUUCUUUUGCAACUGCAGCAACCAAUGCCGUUGAUAGAAGCGGUGGUAUGUUAGAGACACAAAAUGUACAACCUGAAGAGAUCUCAGAUGAUGACAUAGAGCUUCCUGAGGGAAAACCAACAGAUUCUCAAACUGUUGCACCUGUUCAAGAUGAUUCACUAUCUGAUGCAGAGAAAAUCCAACAAGAGAUUGCAGCAACGUCUGUGCAGGCUGCGUUUAGAGGUUAUCUGGCUCGGCGCGCCUUUUGGGCACUCAAAGGCAUAAUAAGGCUACAAGCACUUAUCCGUGGUCACCUGGUUAGGAGGCAAGCUGUUGCUACUCUUUUCUCUGUCAUGGGAAUUGUUAAAUUGCAAGCAUUUGCUCGAGGAAGAGAGAUCAGGAAGUCUGACAUUGGAGUUCUAGUUCAAAGGAAAUGCAGAUUGCAGCUGCUUCAGGGGAACAAGCUUGCAAACCCUACAGAUGCUUACCUUGGAAUCAAGAAACUAACAUCCAAUGCUUUUGCUCUGAAGCUUCUCGCUACAUCACCAAAAGUGAUACCUGUACACGCCUAUGAUUCAUCCAAUCCAAACUCAAACUUGAUCUGGUUAGAGAACUGGUCAGCCUCAUGCUUCUGGAAACCAAUUUCUCAACCGAAGAAAACAAUAGGCAGAAAACCUCAGAACAAGGUUUUAGUCGAGGCUGAAUCUGCUAAACCCAAGAAGAGUGUCCGUAAAGUUCCUGCUGCAAACUUUGAAAGCUCCUCAGUACAGACAUCAUUUGAGUUCGAGAAACCUAAACGAAGUUUCCGGAAAGUUUCAAGCCAGUCAAUAGAGCCACCCGCUGUUGAGGAUCCUCAGAUUGAACUUGAAAAGGUUAAACGUAGCUUGAGGAAGGUACAUAAUCCUGUAGUUGAGAGCUCUAUCCAACCUCAACGAUCCCCUCAUAGGGAAGUGGAGAAGCCAAAGCUUGGCGUAGAGAGGAUAACUGAGUCAUCAUAUUCCCUGGUACAUAAAACUGCAGAAGAACCUGCGAAGGUAUGUGACGAAAAGAGAAACCAAGAUGUGCCUGAACAGCCUGAGGAGGAGGUACAUAUUCCCGAGGUGGAACUACAUACUCCUGGACCAUUAGAAAGCAAUGAAGCACUUGAUUCAUCACUUGUCAACCAAAUUGAUAGCAACGAAAGAGCCAUGGUUGAGGAAAACCCCUCAAUGGAAAAGGAUACCAGAGACGAAAAGACUCCCAAACCAAAGAAUAAAGAGAAUUCAGCGGGGAAAGAGAACCAGAAAUCCAGGAAAAAGGGUUCAGCUACUAGCAAGACGGAGCGUGAAGAGACUAAUGGGCACAGUCAGACUAGCCCAUCAAUCCCAAGUUAUAUGCAAGCAACUAAAUCUGCGAAAGCAAAGCUGAGGCUGCAAGGUUCACCAAAGCCUGCUGAGCAAGAUGGAACUGAGAAAGCCAAUGUUCCUAGACGUCAUUCUCUACCAUCUUCAGGUAAUGGUAGGAUCACCUCUAAUUCUCCAAGAACAACGAGACUCACAAACUCAGGUGACAAAACAGGGAAUAAGAAGGAGAAACCUCUUCUGUCGUCGUCCCGAGAAGGAACGGCCAAGACAACUCCAGCAGAACGCAAGAGGUGAUAAAUUGCUGCAAAAAGUUGAACACCAGAACGCAACUAUCUAUCUGUUUAAAAGCUUAGAUAAUGAGUCUGUGAUUGUGUGUGUGUUUUAUGCUGGCCAAGUGUUAUCGUUGGCGCUACGUUUCUGCAAAUGUGAGUGUGUCCUGAGCCUAUAAAUGUUGGGUCACAAGGCUUUUGGAUCUUCUUCCUUUUAAUUCUGGUUUUAUCGUACAUUACUUCCAAGAUUUUAAACUUUUUUAUUGUUUAUAUGAAUCUGUGAUUAUUUUAUGGUA